AUGGGUCGCGUUAGAACAAAGACUGUAAAACGUGCCGCACGCCACAUCGUAGAGAAGUACUACGGAAAACUUGGACUGGAUUUCCAGUACAACAAAAAGGUGGCAGAGGAGGUUGCUCUAAUUCCAUCGAAACGUAUGAGGAAUAAAGUCGCAGGAUUCAUAACACACCUGAUGAGGAGAAUACAAAAGGGCCCAGUGAGGGGAAUCUCACUCAAGCUGCAGGAGGAGGAAAGGGAGAGGAGGAUGGACUUCAUCCCAGAAAAGUCCGAGCUCGACGUGCCGGUGAUCCAAGUAGAUCAGGACACUGCAGAUAUGCUCAACUUCCUGAAGUUGAACCUCCCGAACAUAAAGGUCAUAUCAGCGAACCCACACGAUCACAGGGACAGACACUAA